AUGGAGUCGCUGCGGUUGGAGCAGGAUAAGCUGGACAAGAAGGGCAACCUGUCAAAGACGAUUGAAGAUGUGCAGAAGACGAUCGACCUGCUCGUCGCCGCCCGAGAAACCAUCGCUGCCGAUGCAAGUGCAGCUACGCCAACACUGGCCAAACUGAAGCGGCCGGUCAAGGCUUCACUGGACCAGGUCAACUCGGACAUCAAGGACAUUUACUCGGCCCACAAGGACUAUUCCAAAGCUCUAGAUAAGAAAUUCAAGCCACAAUCUAUGCCUGCUUCCCACCACGAUGCCCUCUCGUCGCAACCCGCACUAGUGAACCGCGCAAUUGCCAUGCACCUCCUGCGCGAAGGCCAGUUCAACGUAGCCCAGACCUUCAUCGCCGAAGCAAAUGCAAACCCUAAUACUACUGCCACAAAAACCGCUUCGGAUGGGGAUAGCCUCAUGGAGAAUGGACACGACACGCAACUUUACGACAUUGACCGUGACAGUGCCGGUGCUCUGCAGUCGAGAUUUGCCCAUAUGUACCUCGUUCUGGACGCCCUGCGCAACAGGCACGACUUGAACCCUGCCAUCAACUGGGCUCGUCAACACAGCCAUCAGCUCGAGCUGAGAGGUUCAAAUCUCGAGUUCGAUCUAUGUCGUCUACGCUUCGUCGAGCUCUACACCCGCCAUGAUCCCAAUGAUCAUAUGUCCGGCCCCCUUCAAGCUCUCGAAUAUGCCCGCCAGACAUUUCCAAAUUUCUCUGCUCGAUACAUGCGCGAGACGUCGUCUCUACUCGGCUCGCUAGCUUUUGCUCCUGCCCUGACAUCCUCACCUUACAAGAGUGUCUUCUUCAACGAAGACGCCUGGGAACAUGCAGCAUCGAGUUUCAUCCGCGAGUUCUGCGCCAUGCUGGGUCUAAGCGAAAAGAGUCCUCUUUACACCGCCGCAACAGCCGGCGCCAUCGCUCUUCCCGUACUGGAAAAACUCGAGCGCGUCAUGGGCGAAGUCGGAGGUCAAUGGACUAGUGUCAAUGAACUCCCCGUCGAGAUCCCAUUACCACAUUCAUAUCUCUUCCACUCUAUCUUUGUAUGUCCUGUCAGCAAGGAACAAGGUACUGAUGCCAAUCCGCCCAUGAUGCUGCCUUGCGGUCACGUUAUUGCCAAAGAAUCGCUCGACAAGAUUAGCAGGGGAAACAAAAGGUUCAAGUGUCCGUACUGUCCCGUUGAAGGACAUCCCAAAGAGGCUAGGAAAGUCUUCCUCUGA